UAUCUGGGAUAGGCUCUUCACCCAACUCACGCUACAAAACCUUCUAAUUGCCCCCAAUAGCAACCCGCAUAUUGUUGAGCGCAUCCUCAAGCAUGGCGACAGCAUUCCAUGGAGCAGUCAUCCACUCGCUUGGCCCCAAUCAGGUAGAAAUACUUGAUAACGCCGGAAUCGUCGUUGGAUCCGAUGGACUGAUUUCUCAAAUCUACACCCAAAUAUCCCCUGAAGAGCUUUCCAAAAAGCUUCCCAGCGACCAUGAAGUCGAAGUCCUCUCCAAAGGCCAGUUUCUAUCGCCCGGAUUCAUCGACACGCACAACCAUGCUCCGCAAUGGGCAAUGAGAGGACAGGGGCAGGGUCUUCAUAUCCUAGACUGGCUCGAUCAAGUCACCUUUCCCCACGAAGCCCGCUUCUCAGAUCCUGUCUACGCUCGCAAGGUCUACGAGAGCUGCGUCAAGGGCUUUCUCAAGCAAGGCAUCACUACUGCUUCCUACUAUGGGUCGAAACACUCCGAAGCGACCCAGAUCUUGGCGGACAUCUGCCACCAGCUGAACCAGAGGGCUUUCGUGGGAAAGUGUAAUAUGGAUCGAAACGCUCCAAGUUAUCUCCACGACGAAUCUGCCGAAUCAUCUCUCAAGGAAACGGAAGAAUGCGUCAAACACAUUCGCCAGAUCGACCCGACCGGACAGCUGAUCCGCCCUGUCUUGACCCCGAGAUUCGCUAUAUGCUGCACCCUCAAUUUGCUCAAAGGUCUUGGUCAGAUGGCAGCCCAAGACCCAGAGCUGGCAAUUCAGACGCACUUCAAUGAAGCUGAACAGGAGAUCAAAGUAACAAGAGAACUGUUCCCACAAUUUUCAAGUGAGGCAGACCUCUAUGAACACUAUGGUCUCCUGAACCAGCGAUCGAUUCUCGCACAUUGCACCUUCAUGACAGAGUACGAGAUGGACAAGAUCAAGGAGCUUCAGUGUGGUGUUGCGCACUGCCCAAUCUCGAACAUGACAGUUGGAGGAGGCUUCAUGGCAGCAUCCAUACGCCAGUUUCUGACCAAAGGGAUAAAGGUUGGCCUGGGUACCGACAGCGGUGGCGGAUUCUCGUCAAGCAUGCUCGACAGCAUUCGCCAGGCAAUUAUAGCUUCCAACGCGCGCGAGGUGAUGUCCGGCGGCAAAGACAAGGCACUCUCUCUGGACGAGGUUUUCUACCUCUCGACACUUGGUGGAGCCCAAGUUUGUUGCCUUGAAGACAAGAUCGGCAAUUUUGCCGUGGGCAAGGCGUUUGAUGCGAUACUUGUCACAAGCUCCCUCGAUGAAGCCUUUGGUGUCAUGACGGUUCGAGAAGAGACUGACUGCCUUCGAACGGUUUUCGAAAAGUUUUUGAUGACGGGAGAUGACCGUAACAUUGCUCAAGUGUAUGUGCAGGGCAAGCUUGUCAAGGACACAUUAUGAACCGAGCAGAAAGACCAAUUGUCCAGGAGAUGGCCUAAUAGAGACAGAACAUUGAACCCAGCAGCAAGAUAUUACUUCAAUUCACCAAAACCUUAAAUCCGAGGGUUUGGGGGUUUCACUUAGCCCACUUUGAAAGAAAGUACGACAACAUCAUGC